GCAUCCCAUACCAUGGAUCCUACACCUAAAGCGGAACUUGUGGGUAAAAAGGCCAGUAGAUCCAAGCGUUUUGCAUCAAUACCCCGUUUUGUGGAAACAUUAGUAGUGGCUGAUGAGUCCAUGGCCACCUUCCAUGGUGACGAUCUUAAGCACUAUGUCCUGAUGUUGAUGGCAGUGGCCGCCCGGUUAUACAAACAUCCCAGCAUAUUGAACCCUGUCAGCAUUGUGGUAGUGAAGUUUAUGGUCAUCAAUCAUGAAGACAAGGGUCCAAAGAUUUCCAGCAAUGCAGCACUAACUCUGCGAAACUUUUGUGUGUGGCAGAAAAAGUUUAACAAGGCAAAUGAUAAGAAUCCUGAAUACUAUGACACUGCAGUCCUUUUCACAAAACAGGAUUUAUGCGGUGCACAGACUUGUGACACGUUAGGAAUGGCGGACGUCGGAACAAUGUGUGACCCAAAGCGAAGCUGUUCCGUCAUUGAAGACGAUGGACUCCCAUCAGCCUUUACCACUGCUCACGAACUAGGCCAUGUGUUUAAUAUGCCACAUGACAACGUCAAGGCAUGUGAAAAUGUGUUUGGGAAGUUGAAGGACAAUCACAUGAUGUCACCAACACUCAUACACAUUGACCGCUCUAAACCGUGGUCAGUGUGCAGUGCAGCAAUCAUCACAGACUUCUUGGAUAGUGGACAUGGUGACUGUCUACUAGAUGAGCCAAUGAAGCCAAUUACAUUACCAGAUAGUUUACCAGGAGAAAGCUACAACUUGAACCGACAGUGUGAACUGGCAUUUGGGGUUAACUCCAAGCCGUGCCCUUACAUGCAGCCUUGCCUAAAGCUAUGGUGCACUGGGAAGGCACGUGGGCAGCUAGUGUGCCAGACAAGGCACUUCCCAUGGGCAGAUGGAACGAACUGCGGGGACGGAAAAUUCUGUAUGAAAGGUGUCUGCGUGGCAACCCAUGACGUGACAAAAUAUAAGGUCGAUGGCAGAUGGGGAAAGUGGGGACCUUAUGGAACAUGUUCACGCACAUGUGGAGGCGGUGUGCAGCUUGCCAAGAGGGAAUGUAACAAGCCAACCCCUGUCAAUGGUGGAAGAUAUUGUGAGGGAAUCCGUGUCAAGUACCGUUCCUGUAAUUUGGAUCCAUGCCCCGACAAUGGAAAAAGUUUCAGAGAGGAGCAAUGUGAAUCCUUCAAUGGAUAUAAUGUCAAUACAAACCGACUCACACCAUCUGUUGUUUGGGUUCCCAAAUAUUCAGGGGUAUCACCCAAAGACAAAUGUAAACUUGUCUGCAGAGCAAAUGGUACUGGAUACUUCUAUGUUCUUGCACCCAAGGUGGUCGAUGGAACGCCUUGUACGCCCGACACUUCAGCAGUAUGUGUCCAAGGAAAGUGUAUAAAAGCUGGGUGUGAUGGAAGGCUUGGCUCCAAGAAGAAGUUUGACAAAUGCGGAGUAUGUGGAGGUGAUCACAAAAGCUGCAAGAAAGUUUCUGGUCUUUUCACCAAACCCAUACAUGGGUAUAAUUAUAUUGUGACAAUACCAGUUGGAGCCACCAGCAUUGAUGUCAAGCAAAGAGGAUAUAGAGGCAUGACAAAUGAUGACAACUAUUUGGCAGUUAAAAACGAGCAUGGCAAAUAUAUACUGAAUGGUCAUUACAUCGUUUCUGCAGUGGAGCGAGACAUUGUAAUAAAGGGAAGCUUGUUGAGGUAUAGUGGAACAGCAACAUCUGUUGAAAGCCUUCAAGCUUUUAGACCCAUCCAGGAACCAUUGGUCAUUGAAGUCCUAUCAGUUGGAAAAAUGACUCCUCCUCGUGUUCGCUAUUCCUUCUAUCUACCAAAGGACAAUAAAGAAGAUAAAUCUUCACAUAAUUCCAACAAAAAAGAUACAAAAGGAAUCUUGCUGAAUAAUGACAGUUUGAGCAAAUUAAAUAAAAUUGAUACACGGCAACCAGAUUAUAAACAAAUAAGUUAUAAAUGGGUGGUGAGAACAUGGUCUCAGUGUUCCGUUUCAUGUGGAAAUGGACUGCAGCAUAGAUCUGUUGGUUGUGAAGACAAUCAUGGUAAAAUAGCAUUUGAUUGUGAUACCACCCAGAAACCAGAAGUUAUACGGCAGUGUGGAGAUCCUUGCCCAGUGUGGGAGAUUGGCGGAUGGUCACCAUGCUCAAAGAGUUGUGGCAAAGGCUUCAAGAGGCGUGUCAUCAAAUGUAAAGCUGAAACUGGGCACAUUUUGCCCAGAGAACACUGCAGUAUAAGGAAGAAGCCACAAGAACUAGAUUUUUGUAUGAUGAGACCCUGCUGAGAGUCAUUAGUGGGCAUUAUUUCAGAUAGAGUAGCCUUUAGAAAUGGCCAGUGGUCAUUGGUUUCCAGCAACCUUUAGUAACAGUUAUGACUGUUACACCUGAAUCCAAAUGGAAUAUUGAGAAAAAGAACUACUAUACAUUGGGGAAAAUGGAGACCUGUGCUGCAUAAUUGUGAAUGAAAUUACCUGAAAGUUACUUGUUGAAGUCUACCUCUGAAAUUUGUAAGUUGGUAUUAAACUUUUUUGGUGGCUUCAUUGACCAGGUUCUAAUAUAAGAAGUGAUGACUGCCUAUUGAGUACUUAAACAAUGCAGUUUGUCACUAAUUUGAAGCAGUCAAAGAUUUUAAUGGCUUGAUGAUCUUUUAUUUACCAUUGAGCACAAAAUACUACAGGGACCAAUGUAGGUACAGCUGCAAUAUAAUGCAGGGAUAUAUGGCCUAAUGUGAUAUACUGAUGAUUCGAUGAGAAAAGAGGGUGACCAUCCUUCACUUCAGAGAUGUGGAAGUUAGUUUAUUUGUAAACGGGCAAUCUUAUGUGCUACUUUAUGAAAUAUAUUAGAUAGAUAAUCUGUUCUUUGUGAAACGUAUUAGAAUAUUUUACCCAGUAAUACUAUUGUAUGACUUGUGGAGUGACGUUUACUCAAGUUUACCUGGUGUCAUCAGUUAUAAAGUGUUGCAUUCCAACAAAACUAUAUUUAUGAAAGAAAAAAAUAGAACAUUAGGCUUGUGGUACAGUUCUGUAUAAAUGUAGACACAUUUGGAUGUUCCCAAAACAUGAGCAUUACAGUAUUGGUAGCUGAGCCUGUUUGUAAAAUGAUCUUUUCCAAAUAUCUCUUAGUAAACGACCUUGUUUUAUAUGUAAUAAUUUAUUCUGAGAGGGACAAUAUUCCAUGGUGCAUAAAUCAUUUUCUGUAUGCUGGCAACAUUAUUUAUUAUGUGUACUGGGUUCCAAAAGCAUCAGUGCAAGACCAAACAGACAACUUAAUUAUUAUUUUGUGGUAGGAUUGUAAGUAUGGUGCUAUUUGUUUUGUCCACAUUUGCACAUUUUAUAACCUUGCUUGUAACCAUUUUUGAUAAUUUUGAAGAAUUUUCAGUUUCUUUUACAAAAAAAAGGAAUUGUAAAACUGUUUCAUCUUCCCUAUCACUAUAAUAAGAAAAUUUGAAUUAUUAACUAUCGUGAAUGAAUCUCUAAAAUGCAAGGCCACUUCAUAUCAAUGGUUUGUUCCAUUUCCCGCUUUAUAUUGUGGUAGUGCUUCUUCUUUAAAAAAAAAACAAACACAUCAUAUAUGCCAAACUCUGUAACCCUUUCACUUGCAUUUUGGUUGGGAGGGAUUGCAGUUACUGUUCUUCCAUCUAAAAGAUGGUUCAUAUGUUAGUGGGAUUUAUUUUACACUUUUGCAUUUUUAAAUUGCAGAAGGCAUAAAUACCGUUUAUUGGCUGUUAUGUAUACCAUGUAUACAUUUGUUUAAUU